UUCUGUAUCAAAUAUCAAUGGUGGUUGCGUCCAUUCGUCUUCUUCCUUCUCCACUCCUCUCUUUCGCUCCUCGUCGCUCUUCCUAUUCAUGGCGUUGCCGUCCCUCUUCCAUCCACUCCAGUUCUACUAAGGGAGUGGAAUUAGGUGGUGAUCAAGCGGAACUUAUAUUUUUGGGGACUGGAACCAGUGAAGGGGUUCCACGUGUUAGCUGCUUGACUAAUCCUUUGAACAAAUGUGAGGUUUGUUCAAAAGCUGCCCAACCGGGUAAUAAGAAUAGGAGACUUAACACAAGCGUCCUCAUUCGAUACCCCAAUUCCUCAGGAACACAGAAUAUUCUUAUAGAUGCUGGAAAGUUUUUCUAUCAAAGUGCUCUCCGGUGGUUUCCUGCUUUUGGGAUAAGAACACUUGAUGCGGUCAUUAUUACUCAUUCUCAUGCUGAUGCAAUUGGAGGUCUUGAUGAUCUUAGAGAUUGGACAACCAAUGUUCAGCCUCAUAUUCCAAUAUAUGUAGCCAAGCGUGACUUUGAGGUGAUGAAGAAGACCCAUUAUUAUUUAGUAGAUACUAGUGUUAUCUUACCCGGUGCCAAAGUGUCAGAGUUGCAAUUCAAUAUCAUAUCGGAAAAACCAUUUUUUGUACAUGGAUUGAAGAUUACCCCAUUACCAGUGUGGCACGGCCAGGAUUAUCGGUCCCUUGGUUUUCGUUUUGGUAAUAUAUGUUACAUUAGUGAUGUCAGUGAAAUUCCGGAAGAAACUUAUCCACUUUUAAAGGACUGUGAAAUUCUGAUCAUGGAUGCUUUGAGGCCUGAUCGCUCUACUUCCACACAUUUUGGACUUCCAAGGGCGUUGGAGGAAGUGCGAAAAAUUCAACCCAAAAGAACACUUUUUACUGGUAUGAUGCAUCUGAUGGAUCAUGAAGAAGUGAAUGACUACCUUAAGAAACUAUCGGAGUCUGAGGGCCUUGAUGCACAACUGAGUUAUGAUGGCCUUCGUAUACCGAUCAGACUUUAGUUUGUAUACAGCUUCAUUCACAAGACAACCAUUUUUUCCUCAAAGAGAAGUUAUUUAAUAAACAUUCAAAUGAUAUUACAAGUCCAUAUGUUCUGAGGUUCCUGCAACUAUUCUACCUUCUUCCUAUCAUCAUUCAUCAUUCUUUCUCCUCUACUUGCCUCUGUUGGCUACAAGAAACACCUAGGAUGAUACCAUACAUGUAACAAAGGAUUUUUUUUACCCCUUGCAAUGAAGGAUUUAAUUUUGUUAUAUGGUCGUACUAUAUAUAUGGAUGGCUAAUGUUGUAAACUUUAAUUGAACACAGACUAAUUUUAUUUCAAGAGUUGAUGA